AUGUCCGAUCUCUGCCCUGUUUACGCGGUUAGUACCCUCCCCGCUCUGUUCACGAACCUUGGCGGCAGCGUCAACCCCUUCUUCGGUGCCAUGGGCUGCACAGCAGCCAUCGUCUUCACCUGCCUUGGUGCCUCGUACGGUACUGCCAAGUCUGGUGUUGGUAUCGCUGCCAUGGGUGUCCUCCGCCCUGACCUCAUCGUCAAGAACAUUGUUCCCGUCAUUAUGGCUGGUAUCAUCGGUAUCUACGGUCUCGUCGUCUCCGUAUUGAUUUCCGAUGCUCUUACACAGGACCACUACGCUCUCUACACUGGCUUCAUCCAACUCGGUGCUGGUCUCGCCGUCGGUCUUGCUGGUCUCGCUGCUGGUUUCGCGAUUGGUAUUGUCGGUGAUGCUGGUGUCCGUGGAACUGCUCAACAACCCAGACUCUUCGUCGGCAUGAUUCUUAUUCUUAUUUUCGCCGAAGUCUUGGGUCUUUACGGUUUGAUCGUUGCUCUUUUGAUGAACUCCAAGGCCACGCUCAACACCUCAUGCUAG